CGAAAACCAACAUAUGAAAAUCUCUUUAAAUUUACUACAGAUAAUGAAAUCAACGAAAACAACUUUAUAUAAAAUACCUAAAGCAGAAAACUAUGUGUUUUAAAAAAUUGCUGAAAACAUUUAUUAAAAUUUGAAACGCCUACAGCGUGAAAUCUUCAAUUUUAAUGCAUUCUCUUUAAAAUGUAAGCUUUUGAGUGACUGAUCUCCACAUUGAUUACAUUUAUUUGUGAGCCAUCAAGACGAAAGUGGUUUCGUCCACUUCCUGACGAGUGGAUUUUAAGUUGUAAAACAAAAAACCAAAAACACGAAGACAACACACAAAGAUGGCGAUAUUGCAGUCUUGCUGCUUUUGGAAGACAGUGCGUACCGGUAGCAUAGCAAGCGCUACCUACACUUUGGUGUAUUUUGGUUUCUCCACCAUUGUUAUGCUUAUUACCGUUUACGACGAGCAGGAAUUCCUGGCUGGCAGCAGAGCGCAACCAUUGGGGGAAAGCAUUUUGGCUAAGGGAGAGAUAACGCCGGCUAUUGUUGUAUUUAAUAUUCUCUUUCUGAUUUGCUCGUUCUUCAUUGUGUUAUCAUCGCUCUUAAUGUUCGUGGGACUGAAGCAAAACCGUCGUCAACUGCUGUUACCCUGGAUUGUUUUCAUGCUGUGCGAUGUGCUGAUUGAAAUUUUUCACUUGGUCUAUUUAUCAUUUACGCAAAUGGUGAAUUUCGAUCCCAUAGUUGGUUUUAUAUUCACCAUCGACUUUUUUAUAAUGUGUCUGAAUUCAUACUGUCUGCUGUGCGUGAUAUCGCAAUACCAAAAUUACCUGCAGGGACGUGGUUACGGGAAUCAACAGAUACGGACCGAAGUGGUGAUACCAUCAGCUGAUGGUGGUGCUAUGGCGAGUCAGAGUUAUUUGCGUGCAACGAAAAUACAAAAAUCGCUAGCCAGUCCCUACAUCACAACAAAUCCGCACACGCACAUUUCGACGAUACACGAGGAGAUGGACCAAAAUCAUAAAAUUCCUACGAGUUCAGCGGAAGCGCUGAGCGAACCGCUAGAGGACAACUGCAUACAAAUGACUGUCAACAUUCCGUCUCCGUUGUAAAUGUGACAUUACCUAUAUGUAGUAUAGCAGGCGAGUAUGUAAGCAGUGGCGGAAGCAGCAACGGGAUUUGUAACGAAUGAAUGCAACAGUUACGCGAACAUAUGUGGAUGAAAUGGGAAAUUUUUUGCUGUAACUGAACACACGUGGAGCUACUUUUGUAAUGUAUAAAUGCACGUAAAAGCCGCGUGCAGUAAAAAUGCAGGCAACAAUUCUGUGAAAGAAAGUAUUUUUCGAAGUCGCACACAAAGUGCGCAGAAUAAUCGAUGCGGAUGUUCCUUUGUCAAUUUAACAACAGCAUAUUUUGGAAAAAAUAAAAGGUAUAUCGCUGGCCUGCAUUUCCUUGUCUACAUGGAUAUGGAUGUGCGUGUAUGUAUAUAGUACUUAUUUAUUAUUUUACUAAAAACAAAUUUUACGGCUUCAACAAGAAGAAGUUAUUUAAGAAGAAGUUCUUGAAUGAAUGAAUUUCAAUAUAGAGGUGUUUCUAUAGCGGUAGAGAAUUAUAAAGAAAUAAUGAGUCCCUUCAGAAUAGUUCGCACUUCUUACAUUGUUCCGGCUUUAGACUUUAUAUGAAGGUAUGUCGAACAUAAUUGUAAACGUUGCUUGUUGACAACUAUCAAUUAAAGAAACUCUUAACCCCUAAAGAAACAUUAUUUAAGUUCAAAAAUAGUUUUGUAUAAAAGUUGUUUUCGGAUGAAAAAACUUUUCGAUAUUGCACAUUGUAAAUAUUUAUUAUAUUUAAAUUUUAUUUCA